UUAAUUUACAUGCCAAUAAAAAGAGAAUAACAUAUAGAGUAUUAAAGCUCCUUCAGCUCCCAUGGCAAACUCAAUGGUCCUUGUUUCAUUGAUGGCUUUAGGCCUCUUGAUGGCAUUUUCAACGACGACUCAAGUUGAAGCAGCCGCCAGGGCAUUUUUUGUAUUUGGCGAUUCUCUGGUUGAUAAUGGCAACAACAAUUACUUAGCAACAACUGCUCGAGCCGAUUCACCACCUUACGGCAUUGACACUCCUACCCGUCGCCCCACUGGCCGAUUCUCAAAUGGAAAAAACAUUCCUGAUUUUAUCAGUGACGCACUUGGGUCAGAGCCAACAUUGCCAUACUUGAGCCCUGAACUCAGGGGAGAAAAGCUGCUUGUUGGUGCCAACUUUGCUUCUGCCGGUGUUGGAAUCCUCAAUGACACUGGCAUUCAAUUUAUAAACAUUAUAAGAAUGUUCCGGCAAUUACAAUACUUCCAAGAGUACCAGACACGGUUGGCUGAACUUGUCGGAAACGAUGAAGCACAGCGGAUUGUCAGCGACGGUCUUGUUCUCAUCACAGUCGGCGGCAAUGAUUUCGUCAAUAACUAUUUCUUGAUUCCCUUCUCCGCAAGAUCUCGCCAGUUCCUUCUACCAGAUUACGUUACAUAUCUCAUCUCCGAGUACAAAAAAAUUCUAAUGAGACUACAUGAUUUAGGAGCUCGGAGGGUUCUGGUAACGGGGACCGGACCACUGGGGUGUGUUCCGGCGGAGCGGGCGAUGAGGAGCCCAAAUGGUGAAUGUGCCCCUGAGCUGCAACAAGCCGCUUCCUUGUUUAACCCACAACUGGUUCAGAUGAUUAAUGGACUCAAUAGCGAGUAUGGUGCAAAUAUCUUCAUUGCUGCUAAUACACAACUACAAACCAGUGAUUUCAUUACCAAUCCUGGAGCCUACGGAUUUACGACAUCAAAGAUAGCAUGUUGUGGGCAAGGACCUUACAAUGGCAUUGGAUUAUGUACUGCAUUUUCGAAUUUAUGCUCAAAUCGAGACGAAUAUGUUUUCUGGGAUCCAUUUCAUCCAUCGGAAAGAGCUAAUGGGAUUAUCGUAAACAACAUCGUAAGCGGAUCAACAAAUUACGUGAGUCCGAUGAAUCUGAGCACCCUCUUAGCUUUGAACUCCGACACGAGGACUUAAGCUGGUUUAUGUUUUGUAAUAAUUAGGGUAAGCAAUAGAAUUAUUUCAUCAAAUGCAUCUGUUUCUCUGCCAUGGAUUAUCUUCUCUUAAUGGACAACCAUUGAUGUUCCCAUAACAUUUAUUUGCCUCAGCUAUUAUACAGCUAUAGCUAUGAUAGGCUUAAUGCUAC